AGUGUUUCCUUUGGUGUCUUUGACAGACAGGACCUGCGGGAGGGUGAAGAGCGCAAGGAGAUGACUGAUCCCAGCACGCGGACGUGCCUGAAGCCUGACCCGAGCGGGGCGCGUCUCACUCUUGACCCAGCGCAAGGCUCCGACACCGCCACCUACAAGUGCCGGGUGGACUUUGAAAUGUCGUCCACCCGCUCCACCCUCGUCACCCUCACUGUGUACGUCGUGCCGUCGUGCCUGGUGCUCCUGGACACUGGAUGGAGUCCUGUCCACGGCGGGGUGUUGAGGUCACUGAUCGAGGGUGACCCGCUGACCCUGCAGUGCACCGCAUCGGGGGGUAACUCCCGCCUCCAGCACCACCGCCAUAUACCCGCCUCGCUCUCUCUCUCUCUCCCUGCCGGCCAUAUUAACACUCAGGCUCCAACACCUACCCAAUCAGCAGUGCAGCAUGGGUCACCUACAGGGUUGGCUGUGGUGUGUCCCUCAUUGUGUACACAUCAUACUCUGCCACACUGGUCUCACACCUGGCAGUGGAGCAGUCUGUGACUCUGCC